AUGCUUUAUCUCUCUGUCUGGUGCUCUGCUGCUUUUUUGCGACCCCUCUCCCUCGUACAGGGACGGGGAUUGGGAGCCGGGGUAGGGAAGGGGUUUUGGGGGAGGGGAAUGGGAGGGGGUGUUUUUUCCUUCUGUGUUUCUGAACUGAGGAUUGGUGAUGAACUUUUUUGUAAAGGUGGACGGAUUACUCUAUUUUCGGUGACGGUUAGUUUUCUGUUGUUGAUGAUGGAUGUGUUGAACCAUGGUUGGGCGGAUAUAGAUGUUGUAAACUUGGAUUUUCUUUUUGAUGGGGAUGGACGGAUUAGUCAGGAUAGGGUAAAGGGCGUUUGUGAUUCGGUUGAUUUUUAUUGUGGUGUUGAGGACGUAGGGUAA